AUGGCGGACUCACACAGCAAUCCACCAGCUAACGGCCAGAGCGAACAACCAGAGGAACUACCUAGUGAGGUGUUCAGACGUGAAGUGGAAAGAAGAUCGUCUGAUUCUCGUCGUCCGUCAAGAAGAUUCUCUUGUAGCUCAGAACGAAGGAAAAUGCCAUCGUCGAGAAGAUGCUCGCUCAGUCCACGACCAAGGAAAUUGUCCAUAGUGCCAUUGCCGCAAGAAAUCGCCAAAGAUUCGGAGCAGCGAAAACCCAGCACUACAUCGACGAGCGGGCCGAAAACGGAGCCGACGAAAACAGCCUCCCCAAAAGUAACACCAAAAUUCAGUCAGUCGUCAACCACUCCACCAGGAAAAACGGAGUCGCCAAAGGCAACCACAGCAACGCCGAGAACAAGUCACUCAUCGUCUUCAUCACCACCUUUCGAUUCACCAACGAAGCCAACGAAGUACACCUCGAUUGAUCUUGAGAACGAUCUGCCUGAUAUAUACAGGUGA